AUGUGUGGAGGAGACACUGAAAGUGCACCUGAAAUCUGCACAGGAGCGCACUGCCAAAGGUCUCCAUCCAGAUCACCUGAUCACCAGAGCAGAUAUUCAAUUUAUGCUCCAAGACGCCCAUCGGUUCCCUACACGCCCACCAAAGAGAAAUACUGGAGAAUUCAGUUAACAUGCGACAUCAAACCAGGCACAAAUGAGGUCCAUUCUGAAGAUGCAUUAGUGUUGCAUUUGCACUUGGCAAAAGGUCAGGAUAAACUGGUGGCCCAGUUGCAAGGGCAGCAAGCUGAAGUUAAGCAACUUCAGAACACGCUGAGAGAACAGCAAAAUGCUCUACUAGCCCACCAAAGAGAAAUACUGGACCAACAACGGAUUAUGUUUGAAAAGAUGGAAGAAGUCAAGACCCAAUACAACCUUCUUCUUGACGGGGUCAAACAGUUAUCUGUGCAAGGCCCACAGGGCGUCAUUGAGAGCCAUUUGGAUGGUCUCCAGUCCCAGGUUAGGACCUUUUCUCAGGAGGCCUUCGCAAUGCAUAAGAUGAACAUGGAUGCUAGUGUUACAGAUGCUGACAGACCUCUACUUGGCUGUGGAUCCUGCCGAGCAGAUGAGUACUGCGACUUCAGUGCAGACCGGCCACAUUGUGAGAAAUGCACUGUUUGCCCUCCGGGAUUCUUUCUGGUGGCUCAAUGUUCCAUUCACGCUGACAGGAUUUGCCAGGACAGAGACGAAUGCCUGGAGAUACCAAACUUAUGUAAAGAGCGCAACCAGUGCCUCAAUACACCAGGGGGAUUUCGCUGCUCCGGCAUGUCAGAGAGGGAAGCAGCCGCCAGGAUGUGUGGGCACUCUUAUUUUUACAAUUCUGAGAUGGAGGAGUGUCAAGCCUGUACAGAAUGUGAUUCUCAGCCAAUGACAUCCCCAUGUUCAGCCUUGAAUGAUGCCGUGUGUGCCAACCCCUCCGAAAGCAAACUCUCGCUUUCUUGGUCUGGAAACGUUGACCUAGCAAAGGGUACUGCUUUUCCUGAAAUGCAACUUCACAUCCGUGGUAACAGUGACGGAAGCCUUCUUUCCUGCACUGAUGGUUGGAUAGUGCUCCACCAGCAUGGGCUUGUUUGGGUUGACCAUAACCUUGCUUUAAAACACGGCUGCCGCAGCUUCAUUCAAGCGUGUUUAGCUGAGCUGACCCGUGCAUUCAAGCCCGGCGUUCACUACAGAGACACAUCUAUUUCUCUCUCAGCAGCCACCACUGUGGAUUCUGGGGAUAUGCUCACCUUUGAGAUCCUUGCACCCGCACAGUGCAAUGUGCGCUACUUCGGUGACGACUCUGGGAUUAGCAUGCUCAGUCUGGUGUGGAUCCCUUCAGCCGUGUCCACUGCCUUGUCGGCCUCUGUGUCCAGGAAAGGUCUCCCCUCUGGCGCAGUGCGGAAUAAAGCCUUGUUCUUCCAUCAGACAAGUCCAGCGGUUCCACAAGUUGCACUAGCUGGAACCAAAGAUCACAGAGACUUCAUCUUUCGGGAAGCAGGGACGGCAAGUGUGGCUUUAGAUCUGCGGCUUAUCCACUCAUGCAGCCUAAUCAAACUCACCUUGCUCCAACAGAGCGGGUCUCAGGGGGUUCAGCCAGCUCCUGUAGCUCAACAGAUUGGUGGACACAUGCCAGAAGGAAGCGUAUGGGCAAGUGUGGGGCUGAGGGUAUCGUUCCAGGUGCGUAAUGGCACUGUGAUCUUCGCUACGGUGGACUGCGUCAGAGGGCGCAUCAACCAAAUUGCCCAUGAUGCUGGAAGUAGCAUGUCUAUCCUCUGGACAGUUGCAUAAUCCUAGCAUGUAUCUGCUAGCAUGAC